AUGGUAUUUUCGUCUAAACUCCCUCAGAUUGAUGCACCGGCUACGGAUGUCUUCAACUUUAUAUUCAAGACCGGGCGGGAGAACUACCCGCGAGACCGUGUCUUAUACCGUGUGCACGAGACUGGAGAGGUCCUGACUCUUGAGGACCUCGAGCAACGGAGUCGCCGACUUGCCAGCGUCCUGGUGAAAAAGUACAACAUCAAACCAAACGAUGUUGUUGCGUUCUUAGCAAACAAUUCAAUUCACUAUCCUAUUGCAUAUUUUGCAGCCCUUGCCGCCGGAGCCACGAUCUCACCUAUUCCAGUGCAGCAAGGCCUGGACUCCCAUGCAGUUCUUCCGAGGCUACAGCAGGCCAAUGCGAAGCUGAUAAUCACCGAUGAAGGCCUAGCCCCAAUUUCACAGGCUGCCGCCAAGGCAUAUGACGGCAUUCCUUUGAUCAGCCUUGCUGGUUCACCUGCAGGGAUCCCCAAUAUCGAAGACCUACUCGCCAACGAGCAAGAACUCUUCGAUGGUUUUCGACUUCAGACACGGGAUGAGACCGAAGAACACUACGCGUUCAUUUACCGAACUAGCGGGUCUUCGGGGAUCAUCAAGUCGUUUCUCACGACACACGCGCACUGGGCAGCGAACCUCUUAACGACGCGACUGACCGUACCGGAAGAUACAAACCCAGAGACAGAUGUCUGGGUUUCAUCACUGCCAUUCGCCUAUGGUAUCAACGCCAAACUCAACUUAGGCCUGAAUGUCUUACUGGGUAUACCCGUCGUGAUCCUCCUCAAGCCAUUUGAUCAAACAUCGCUUCACUUAAUCGACCAGUACGGCAUUACGUUCCUGUUUGUUACGCCUCCUUUGGCAGCCCAAGUUGCGAAAUCCCCCAAGGCGGACGGCGUCACGUACAAGACCAUCAAGUGGCUUCUAUCUGCUGGCGCCCCUGUUCACACGAAGAUCCGAGAUGCGGUACAGGAGAAGUUUAAUGGUACACGACUCACCUUGGAAUGGGGCACCACGGAGACUCUUCUCAUUGCCUUGCAGAUUGACGAGGCUUCCUCGGUCCCUGGGUCGAGUGGAACACUUGUUCACGGCGUAGAGGCAAGGGUCAUCGAUCUUGAGACAAAAGAGGACCUCGGUCAUAACCAGCAGGGAGAGAUUCUCGUGCGAAACACUCUCGCGCGAUUUGCUGGGUACAAGGACAACGCUGAGGCCAACAAAGACUUUGAUACAGAUGGGUGGUUUCAUUCGGGUGAUGUUGGCUACGUUGAUGAGAAGUCUAACGUCUUCAUCGUCGAUCGGCUCAAAGAGUUGCUACGAGUCGGCGAUGGUUACGGAACCCAUGCUUCAGCCGACGAGUUCGAGGCGGUGUUAUUUGACCAUCCUGCUGUUGCGACGGCCGUUGUCGUUGGCAUUCGAGAUGUCGACACCCAGCAGGAGCACCCAACCGGGUUUGUUAUCCUCCAGCCAGAGCAUGUACCGAGAGAUGAUGCCAAUACGAGCAAGAGGCUCUCGGAGUUGGCCUCAGAGUUGGAAUUAUUUGUUGAGAGCAAGCUCGGCAAGUUCAAAAGCCUUUCGGGUGGAGUAUUCUUCGUCUCGGAGUAUCCUUACGUUGGGUACAAGAUCAACAGAAGGCGGUUGAAGGAGUUGGUGCAGGUCGGCGGAGGGACAGAAACUACGAGUCGUUGGGUUGGAGUUGCUGCGUGA